AUGCAGCGGGGCUACGCGCCCUUCCUCUAUUUCGUGGUUGUCCUGGGGCUGGAGGCUGCAAUGCAGAAGGAAUGCAGGAUUAUUGAGGCUCUCCAGAACAAGCUGACGUAUCAGCAACGGCUCCAGUACAUGAAACACUAUUUCCCCAUCAACUACACCGUGAAUGUCCAGUUCGAAGAGGUUCUCAGGGUGGCCAACAUUACCAGGCUGCGGGAUCGGAACGUCGGCGAGCUGUCCCUGCGCUUCCUGUGGCUCAGUGUGAACUCCCAGGUGCUGCUGAAGAUCCGGGCUGUGCUGCUGGAGAAGCACCCGGCCUGGGAGUACACCCGAGAUCUCUGCCUCCUCUUUGAUCAGCUGGUUGAGGAGUACGAGAACUGCAACCAGGGGAACGUGGACACAAACGUUUGGGACGUGGUAGAGCAGGUUCUCAGCGGCGACGCAGGGAGCAGCCGGAAGGCCGUGCGCCCCAAAGCCCUGCUGGAUAACUGCGCCAAGGUCCUGUGGAUGCUGUACAGCGAAUCGUGUGAGUAG